AUGACUGCUUUUGUUUCAUUGAAGACUCGCCUCCCAUGGACACAAAACCCUCUUCUCGUCAAUGCGCCCAUGAGCGGCGUAGCCACAGGUGAACUAGCAACGGCCGUCACUCGUGCCGGCGGCCUGGGUCAAAUCGGAUAUUUGGACGAUAUGCGCGCUUUAUCAGACGAGCUAGACCGCACUAGGAGAGAUCUUCAAGAUAUCAUGGCCACUCUUCCUGACCCUGAUCAGCUGCCGAUUGGACUAGGAGUCAUUGUAUUCGGAUCGCCUAUAGAGGCAUGGAUGCAUUUAUUCGCAACGUACAAGCCCGCCGUCGCCUGGCUUUCCUUCGCAGGAACAAACACUAUGAAGGACUGGACUGAGAGUAUUCGAAAAGUGGCACCGAAGACUAGCGUUUGGGUGCAACUUGGCAGCGUGCAAGCGGCAGUGGACAUCGCUCAAGUGUGUCAUCCUGACGCACUAGUCCUACAAGGAAGUGACGCCGGUGGACAUGGGCAUCAAAACGGAGCGAGCAUAAUUUCCCUCAUACCCGAAACGGCCGAUGAACUUCGAAAACAGGGAAUAAAUAUCCCCUUAAUCGCCGCCGGUGGAAUCAUGGAUGGAAGAGCCGCUGCCGCAGCACUAACUCUGGGAGCCACGGGACUAGUGUUAGGCACACGCUUUCUCGGCGCAAUUGAAGCACACAUUCCUAAAAUCUACCGCGACGCUAUAUUCCGCGCUUCUGACGGUGGUCAGAGUACAGUGCGAUCGAGGAUCUUUGAUGAAAUCUGGGGACCCAAUAUCUGGCCUAAAACUUAUGACGGUCGUUGUUUGAGAAACAAAUUCUACGAAAUGUAUACAAGUGGUAAAGAUAUAGUAACAGUUCGAGCUUGGUUAGCCGCCGCGAUGAAGGGGCAUGAAGCUGAGGGUUUGGACGUUAAGGACAUGGGCAGUUUGUGGGCUGGGACGGGGGUGGGGAUGGUUAAUACUUUGGAGAUUGCGGCUGACAUUGUUCGUUCGAUUCAGGAGGAGACCAAAGAGCAUUUAAUGAAGGCUGCUGCGCUGUACUAA